UCGCAAGUGUACAUGUAUAAAACCAUCAGUCAUUUCGUAGAAUAAAAAGUUAGAUGAGUGGAUGGCAUAAUGUUGCUUCUCGCUAGUUUGCUUGGACUAAAUCUGACGAGUUUUGCUCUCGGAUGUGGGCCUUUUAUACAGCAUGACCAAAACAGAUUUUGCCGGUCCGACUUAGCGUUCACUGGAUUCGUUCUACAGUCCACAGAGAGAGAAAUGGAGUCUGUUUUUCUGAUUCAGCUUACUUCAAAUCUAAAGGGUCGGAUAGCUCUACCCGGACAACUGCUUACUAUAUAUGGUAGGGGAUCUGCGAACUCUUGUGGACCCCACCGACUAAACCGUCUCCAGGGUCAUAUCAUAUACGUCGGCCGUAGUGAGUUCCCGGAUGAAGCACCACGUUAUGUAAUUCAUGAACAUCACGAUUUUAACCUGGUCCAGCUUAACAGCAUAACUAAUUACGACUGCUCUUGUGAGGUUGAGAUUGAUCUUCCUCAACAGCCACUCCAAGGGAGCACAGUGCCCCCCGGGGACAAGUGCGUGAUUACGGAGAAUGAAUAUGACUGUCGGUUCCGACAGGGAUACUGUUCCCGCCGGCGCUCGUUCCUGGGAGGAGAUAGAUGUAGGUGGAUAGUACCAAACACUGUAUGCCCCCGCAGAUAGGUGCGCCACCUGGAUAACCUAUAUAGAAAUAUAUAGUUCUGAUGAGCAAUUUCAAAAGAAAAUUGAUUCAAUAUGACAGAAAUUUUAAUCAAUACAAAUGUACAGAAUUAGUUAUAUGCAUGUUGACCUAAUAUUUAAUGAAUUUCUAUUCAAUGUUGAAAUUUGUAACAGUUUUCCUUGACUUCGACGUCAGAUUGUAUUUUUGCACAUUAAAACAUUU